AGUCGCGCGCACGGGCCGGGCGUCUCGACUCCCGCGCGCGCUCGGCUGGUCCCAGUCCCCGGGAGAAGAAGCGGAGGAGGGAGAGAGCCAGCGAGGCGGCCCAGGGGAGCGGGCGCGAGUGGCGGCUGCCGGAGCCGCCUGUGCACGGGCGGCGGCGAGGCGAGGGUGGCGGUCGCCUGAGCAGCUAGAGCCGGGGCGGCGCGGAAUCCGCAUCCGCCGCGAGUGUGAUGAAGCUACCCUGCCUCGCUGCUCCGCUUGCCGCCAGCUGACACCGCCUGCACCCAGCCCGCCCGGGAGGGGAGACGCCGCGGGGCCGUGACCUUGGCGGAGGAGGGCACACUGAUAAUUCUUGUAUCUUGAGAGUGGACCAAGUUUUGGGUGACAUGGCCCAGGGGAAUAAUUAUGGGCAGACCAGCAACGGGGUGGCCGAUGAAUCACCCAACAUGCUGGUGUACAGAAAGAUGGAAGACGUCAUAGCACGGAUGCAAGAUGAAAAAAAUGGAAUUCCUAUUCGUACGGUCAAAAGCUUUCUUUCCAAGAUACCUAGCGUCUUCUCUGGUUCAGACAUUGUUCAAUGGUUGAUAAAGAACUUAACUAUAGAAGAUCCAGUGGAGGCGCUCCAUUUGGGAACAUUAAUGGCUGCCCAUGGCUACUUCUUUCCAAUCUCAGAUCAUGUCCUCACACUCAAGGAUGAUGGCACCUUUUACCGGUUUCAAACCCCCUAUUUUUGGCCAUCAAAUUGUUGGGAGCCGGAAAACACAGAUUAUGCCGUUUACCUCUGCAAGAGAACAAUGCAAAACAAGGCACGACUGGAGCUCGCAGACUAUGAGGCUGAAAGCCUGGCCAGGCUGCAGAGAGCGUUUGCCCGGAAGUGGGAGUUCAUUUUCAUGCAAGCAGAAGCACAAGCAAAAGUGGACAAGAAGAGAGACAAGAUUGAAAGGAAGAUCCUUGACAGCCAAGAGAGAGCGUUCUGGGACGUGCACAGGCCCGUGCCUGGAUGUGUAAAUACGACUGAAGUGGACAUUAAGAAGUCAUCCAGAAUGAGAAACCCCCACAAAACACGGAAGUCUGUCUAUGGUUUACAAAAUGAUAUUAGAAGUCACAGUCCUACCCACACACCCACACCAGAAACUAAACCUCCAACAGAAGAUGAGUUACAACAACAGAUAAAAUAUUGGCAAAUACAGUUAGAUAGACAUCGGUUAAAAAUGUCAAAAGUCGCUGACAGUCUACUAAGUUACACGGAACAGUAUUUAGAAUACGACCCGUUUCUUUUGCCACCUGACCCUUCUAACCCAUGGCUGUCCGAUGACACCACUUUCUGGGAACUUGAGGCAAGCAAAGAACCGAGCCAGCAGAGGGUAAAACGAUGGGGUUUUGGCAUGGACGAGGCAUUGAAAGACCCAGUUGGGAGAGAACAGUUCCUUAAAUUUCUAGAAUCAGAAUUCAGCUCGGAAAAUUUAAGAUUCUGGCUGGCAGUGGAGGACCUGAAAAAGAGGCCUAUUAAAGAAGUACCCUCAAGAGUUCAGGAAAUAUGGCAAGAGUUUCUGGCUCCCGGAGCCCCCAGUGCUAUUAACUUGGAUUCCAAGAGUUAUGACAAAACCACACAGAACGUGAAGGAACCUGGACGAUACACAUUUGAAGAUGCUCAGGAGCACAUUUACAAACUGAUGAAAAGUGAUUCAUACCCACGUUUUAUAAGAUCCAGUGCCUAUCAGGAGCUUCUACAGGCAAAGAAAAAGUGCCUCUCCAUAGUCUCUGCAGCCUACAAGGCACUCAAGAAUAUCCAUCCCAGUCUACAGCAACAUGUGGGAGAGACUCGGAGGCAGUGGCUGGAGACAAACAAGCAGAAAUUGCAAAAGGAUAGCGAAAAUGGAGGGGAAAUCUCUCACGUCCAAGAGGUUAACAAGCCUUGUUCAGUCUUACUAAACGGAUCAUCUUGUAGCAUGAAUGCAGACUGGAGUCACUGCACACACUUUGUAGCUCAAUGUUGUGACCUGGAGCAGAGGACAUUAGAACAAGAUGUUGCAUGAGCAAAGGACCUAAAUUGUUAUUUUUGUGUGUACAUUCCAUCUCCAAUGGACUCUUCCAUCUCAAUGCCUCCAUUCCAAACUGUUGUCUGCUUUCUUUCUCCUUCUACUAUGCUGGAUCUGUGUCUUUUCCUUUUUAACAAGUUCAAGUGAAGUAAAACCUUUUCUUUUUUUCCUUCUUUCUCUCUCUCUCUCUCUCAAAGCUUCAGCUAGACACACAGUUCACUGAAAAUUCAGUCAGUCAAAAACUGGAAGAAUUGUAAAAGAAAAAAGUAUAUAUCAAUAAGUAUACAUGUGGCUUCACAUUUAUUAAACAAUAAAUUCCGCACAGAAAGUUUCAUUUCACCAAUGUGUCACAGUCAGAAACAAACUCAUGUCUUCGUCUGUUGUCUGUACAUUCUCCGUUAAUGUUUCUUGCAUUUAUUUUUAUACCAUAUUUAAAGAAGAAACACCUUUUACUCCAAAUGUAUUAAAGUUGAUCCCUUCUCUGUAAAUUUGUGUAUGUUUAUAUUGUUGUUUUAUCUUUCAUUAAAAGAUGCAGAAUCUCA